UUGGGGGCCUUCAAUGCCUGUCUUCACUCGUCAUUGCAGAUUCCAUCUGCACGCAAGCGCCGAACCCUCGAGCCUCACGGCCGUUUGAUCAAGCAGAAACGGGACGGGCUACAUGUACGAAUACGGGUCAUCAUGCAUUGCGCCGCUGCCCUCAACUGCCUCACCCGCCCGGCCCGUCUGUGUCCGUCUGUCGCUGCGUGGACGUAGAUGGAUGGCUCGUCGGAGGGGGCGAGGAGGUGAAGCUGGGCUGGCCGCUGGCCGCUGGCCGCUGGCGCACGGGAAUGCAGUGACAACUCACGCCCCAACUCGCAGAACACCUGCCUGUUUCUUCUUCUUUUCUUCUUCCUUCCGCUUUGGCUUUUGGCUACAGAGGGGAGACGACAAUGUGGUGUGUUGCACAACAGCGCCAUCUGCAUUGUGUGUAGCUCUGGCUGGUUGGCUGGGCUGCCUGGCUGCUGCAUCUUGGUUGGAUGGCGUGUACUCUGCACGCACGCACGCACACCGAGCGCGAGCCCUUUCUGCGCCGGCCGUCACCGUCACCGAUGAACGGCAUAGAGUGGAGGGUCGCCUGGCGUUGCGCUGCAAGAUAAUCCCUCCCUCCCUCGGUAAUGGGAAUGGCGGAGGAGAAAGAAGAAGUCGGUGAGGCUGCAUAGGCCACCGGAUGGCUAUCUGGUCUGCACGUCAGAGCUCGCGCGCUGGAAAAGAAGGGCACGGGUUUGCCACCUGGCAGAUCGGUUCUGCCGUGUCCCUGUACCGUGUC